UGUUUGUUGUUCGUCGGAAUCAUUUUGCGAGCGGACAACUCCAACUUCCGGCGUCUCUGAAAUUAAAAGCCCCAUUUCCCGCUGUGCCUAAAUUCAGCGCAAUUUCAGCCAAUAAAUGUUUUCUAUCGUCAUAAGUGCAACAUAAUAUUGUAUUUAACACCAGGCUCUUAACUUGGUGCGUCUCGCGGCUGUUUUCUCCGCUAGCAGGCUUCUUGUUGCUGCUGUCAGCUAACUGAACGUUAAAAAGAUGGCGGAGGAGGAGAAGAGUGGAGAGUCUGGGAGGCAGAGAGACGAACUACAGGUGAUGAAGGAGCUGGUGGAUGAACUGUAUAACUUCAGAGAUUGUUAUUUUGAGACUCACAGUGUUGAAGAAGCUGGGAGGAAACAAAGCGAUGUCGCACAGGAGAUCGAAAAGACUUUGAAGAAGCUGGAGGAGAAAGAAGACCUUUUUAAACACAGAGCAGAGUUCCUGCUGCAGAAGGGCCGGUGUCUGAACGUGGCUCCAGACUUCAGCGCUGCAGCAGAAGAGUGUCUCUCGCGGGCGGUGAAGCUGGAGCCGGGCCUGGUGGAGGGCUGGAACACGCUGGGGGAGCAGUUCUGGAAGAAAGGAGACCUGAUCGGAGCCAAAAACUGCUUCACAGGAGCCCUGCAGCAGAGCAAGAACAAAGUGUCCCUCCGUAACCUGUCCAUGGUGCUGAGACAGCUGCCGGCCGCCAACAGCGACGCUCACGACAAGCAGGUGAUGGAGAGCGUGGAGCUGGCCCGCCAGGCCGUCCAGCUGGACGUCACAGACGGGACGUCCUGGUACAUCCUGGGAAACGCCAACGUGUCGUUGUUCUUCACCUGCGGACAGAACCCUCAGCUGUCCCAACAAGCUCUCAGCGCCUACGCUCAGUCUGAGAAGGUGGAGAGAGCUGCCUCCUGUUACCCCGAGCUGCACUUCAACCGCUCCACCCUGUUCCAGUACGAGGAGAUGUUCGGCUCGGCGCUCAGCGGGUACAGCCGGGCCGCGGCGCUCGACCCGGGCUGGGAGGAGCCUCCGGACAGGGAGAAGCAGCUGCUGCAGUACCUGGAGAAAGUCACGGAGCUCAUACAGAACAAGGGGAAGGUGAAGGCUCGGCGGUUGAGGACGAUGCUCUCUAACCUCACCACGUCCUCCUUGGGUCCCUGCUCCUCGCCUCAGUUCCGCUCCCCGGCCGGCCGCGUGGGCAGCCUGGAGCCCCGGACCCUCUCGUCCCUCUCUCACGGACACAACGCCGGGGUGGCGGCGCUCGGCAAGGUGGUGUUCAGCCUGGCGUCUGAGGGCCGCAUGGCCUUCACGUUCGGCAUGGUGGACAGCGAGGAGACGUGUAUCGUGGUGAUGGUGUACAACACGGCAGACAGCUGGGGCGUCCUCAUAGGAGACACUGUCGUCAUUCCUGAGCCUCAAGUCAAGAGAAACAGUAUAACGCAUAAAGACCAGUCGUUUGACUUCAGAAGUAUACGAGUGGACUCUCCUCUGCUCCUCAUCGUCAACGGAAAGAAACAGAACGUCCAAAGCCAGAUCGUGGCCUCCGUCAGCUACAAACCGCAGAGCGAAUGAGCUGAACGGGCGAGAGGACGUGAGGCCAGAGGACCAAAAUGAUUUUGAAGGAGAAUAUUUGGAUAGUUGUGAAAGUUUUUCCAAAGUCUUUAUGUGUCGUUUCUGUUGUAAAUAGAAGUCAGCUGUAACUUUAGUCUCUAGAUAGACACUCUGUUCAUAUUUAUAAAGAUUUCUUUUCUUUUGUAUUCCGUUUCUGUGGAGACGACCCGGAGCUCUUUUUUGUAAAUGAACGAACCUGUGAUGAUGAUGAUGAUGAUGAUGAUGAUGAUGACGAUGUGAUGCCAGAAUUCUGACUUCAGUUAAAAAAAGAAAAGUUCAACAU